AUAACGCUGCCAUCGUUUCAUCAUUUUUGUCUCCUAUUGGUUCGUCGCGAUACAAUACAACGACGGUAGCGCCAUCUUAUCAACCAUAAUGUAAUACAAUAUUCUAACCUCUUGUUUGAAAUUACCUUCUUACUUGUCAUUCCUUUUUUUUUUUGGAUAUAUUUAGAUAUAUUCUCAUGAUCAAUUUAUAUCAUUUAAGAGGCAUGAUUGUAAUUAUAAAUUUGAAACUUUAAAAAAUGGACAAAGAUAUUAAUACGAAUAGAAAACUUAAUGAGUGGAUAAACUUUCAGAAACAACUUUUAGAAGAGAAAAAUUUUCUCACAGAUAUAUUAUCUAAACUUGACAAACAGAUACACGCACUUCAGGUUGAACAGUUACACUUAUUAAGUGUUAUAAAUACAAAAAGUAAUGCCAGUGAUAUUUGCAAAGAUACAGAUCAAGCUUUAUCUUUGCAACCAACAAAUAGCGAUCAGCCUACAAAACAAAAACCUUUAGAUUUAUCAGUACCUGUUUUAAUGGAUUUUAAAGAAGAAGAAAGUGAAGACGAUAAUUAUGACGAACUGGAUGAUGAACUCGAUGAUGUAUUAGAUGACGAAAUGGAUGAACAAUGGAUGUAAUGAACUAAUGUCAUCAAAUCAUUUUGUACAUACAUAGAUUAAAUAAAAUGAACAUACAAAUUUAA